UCGUUUUCUUGUAGUUUUGUUUUGAAAAUAUUUUGGAUUUGAUUUUUCAAAACUUUAUAAAAAUUGUGUGAAAUAAUUGUAUUCAAAAUCCUAAAGUUUCAGUGUCUUGAGAUAAGUAGGUAAAUUUUCUGACCGAUAUUUAUACUAAAAUGCCGGUAGCAGACUUUGCCGAUUUGGAUGAAGGAAACCCUUUCGCGGAAGAGGAACAUGCAGAUUUUGCUCAAUUUGCUCUUGAAACUGCGGAUGUACAAUCUGCCACGACACCGGCCCCACUUCCAAAACCGAGCAAGCCAAUUGUGGGAAUUAUCUAUCCACCGCCGGAAGUUAGAAAUAUUGUUGAUAAAACAGCAAGUUUUGUAGCCAGAAAUGGUCCGGAAUUUGAAUCACGUAUCAAACAGAAUGAACAAAAUAAUCCAAAGUUCAACUUUCUCGGACAGGGAGAUCCAUACCAUGCAUACUAUGAAUUUAAAGUGAAAGAGUUUCAGGAAGGAAAGGCAACUUUGACGUCAUCUUCUAGCGCCCCUGAUUCAGGAAUUGGUGCCCUGACCACAAAGACAGCAGCAGUUCUUAUAGACGAGGCAAAGAAGAAGAAGCAAUCAGAAUUACUGAAACAAGUUGCAAUUCCAUUUGUACCGAAAGAUCCCCCAGGCGAGUUUGAAUUUGUUGCCGAUCCUCCAUCGAUAUCUGCUAUUGACUUGGACAUUGUUAAGUUGACGGCUCAGUUCGUAGCAAGAAAUGGACGUCAGUUCUUAUCUAGUCUAAUGACGAGGGAACAACGAAAUUAUCAAUUUGACUUUUUGCGGCCGCAGCAUUCUCUAUUUCAAUACUUCACGAAGCUGUUGGAACAAUACACAAAAGUUCUAAUUCCACCAAAGGACAUAACCAAAAAGUUGUCAUCGGAAGACAGAAAGAAAAUUUUAGAAGAUGUCAAAUAUCGGGCUAAUUGGAUUAAGCAUAUUGAAGCUCAGAGGAGAAAAGAAGAGGAAGAAGCAGAAAGAGAACGGCUCGCAUACGCCAGUAUUGAUUGGCAUGAUUUCGUAGUGGUCGAAACGGUUGAUUAUCAAGCUUUUGAAGCCGGUAAUUUCCCUGCGCCAACGACACCGCAAGAAGUUGGAGCCAGAGUUCUGCUUCAGGACAGAAUAUUGUCAGGUCAAAUGGAUAAAGAUGCAGGUGGCGACGACUCAUUUGCUGCACAGGAUGAUACUGAGGUGCAAGACAUGGAAGAAGAUUCCUCAAGUUCUUCCUCAGAAGAUGAGGACGGAGAUGAUAGACGAGCAAUGGAAUCCAACCCACCAACUCGUGCGCCACCCUCAUUGGAACCACCUCGUCAAGACCAAGUUAUUAUUAAGAAAGAUUACGAUCCAAAGCAAGCUAAAGGUCCAGUUAAAGAAAUAUUACGACCGCUUGGACCAGAGGAUUACACAAUCUCGCCGAUUACUGGAGAGAGAAUUCCUGUAUCUAAACUACAUGAGCAUGUCAGAAUUGGGCUGCUGGAUCCGAGAUGGAAAGAUCAAAGAGAUAGACAGUUGUUGGAAAAGGUUAAUCAGGAAUCCGUUUAUGCGCCAGGUUCAGCCAUAGAUGACAGUUUGAAGCAACUUGCUGAACGCCGUUCUGACAUUUUCGGUACUGGAGUGGAAGAGACUCCAAUUGGAAAGAAACAUGGCGAAGAAGAAAGAAUUCCUGGUAUGCCGUGGGAUCCAACCGCUGGACUUCCGUCAAACUUACAGAUGCAAAACGAUAUGAGAAUGGAUGAAAAGAAAGAUCAUAUUGGGCCAAGCAUUGAAUCAAACCAAUCCAGCGUUAUUUCUGCUGGCCCUCAACCACCUCAGCAGCAACUAACACCAGUCGUGUCGUCUGGACCUCAGCCACCAUCCAUGAUGAAUCAAGGGAUCCUUCAGUCCCCCGCUCCACCCAGUAUGCCGCCCUCAAUGGCCGGAAUCGUACGCCCUGUUCAAGUUCCUCCUCAAGGAAUGAUGUUUAUGCAUGGACUGCCCGGACAAAUGCGUCCUCUCUUAGGAAUGCCACAACCUGGAUUUCCACCAUUUGGCGUUGGUCCUGGCGGCAUGCCACGCCCUCCACUACUAAACCCCAUGGGUGGUCACGGACCACCACCACCAAUGCCCCUCAUGAAUCCUGGCCCACCACCGGGUGGAAUGAUGUCAAUGCCGAUGCCACCCAUGGAACCUGAAGACGAACCUUUAUCAAAGAAAGCUAAAAGUGCGGAAGAUGCCCUUAUUCCUGAAGGACAAUUCCUCGCUUCUAACGCGUCCCCCACAACUUUCAACGUUGCUGUUCCUGACAAACCAGAAUUGAACCUGAAUGGACAACUGAUCCCAUUUACGAUGGCGUUGACCGAGUCCAUUUCCAUUUUGAAGGCCAAAAUCAACGAAGCCACUGGCCUUGCCCCUGGAAAACAGAAGCUAAGUAAAGACGGUCUAUUCUUUAAGGAUCAAAACAGUUUGGCAUUUUACAACGUGGGCGACAGCGUCAUAGUGCAGUUGUCCUUGAAGGAGAGAGGUGGGCGUAAGAAGUAAAUUGGGGGAGUUAAUUUUAUUAAGCUCUAAUUUUUACACUUGCAUAGUUGCUCUAGAGGCAAUUAAAUACUUAGGUUAAUAAGUGUAUAGCAAACUGUGAAGCAUGUUCAUUAACUUGAUUAUUUACUCACUUAUAAGAACGAUAAUUGACUACUUGAAUCUUUGUUUUUUAAAGUUAAUAACUACAAGUAAGUGAAUAAACCAUUUUGUUAAUAGAA